GCUAUUAAAGAGCGACUUUACUUUUCGGAUUUGUGUUCUUUCUUCAUUGAUUUUCUGAGUAAGCUUUUUCACAAGACGAUCAAAGAAGGAAGAUGGAGAAAUUGUCUAAUGGCUUCAGAAAUCACUUCUCGAUCACUGACAACGUCUCCCCUUCAGCUCCGGCUCCUCUUAAACAGCCUUUCGUGAUCGGUGUUGCCGGCGGAACCGCCUCCGGGAAGACGACGGUCUGCAAUAUGAUAAUGUCUCAGUUACACGAUCAACGGGUCGUCCUUGUGAACCAAGAUUCGUUUUAUCAUUCGCUCUGUGAGGAAAAACUGAAGAAGGUUCACGAAUACAAUUUCGAUCAUCCUGGUAACAAAUCGGAUUCCUCUCUCUGUAACCACAAAUCGACGAUUUCGAUCUUUGUUAUGAAAAACUCGUUUUGGCUUGAUUCGAACUACACAGACGCAUUCAACACGGAGGUUUUGCUCUCGUGUAUGGAGAAAUUACGAUCUGGGCAACCAGUGAGCAUCCCGAGUUACGAUUUCAAAAUCCACCAGAGCAUCGAAUCUGCAAGUCCGGUUCAUCCCGCUGAUGUAAUCAUCUUAGAGGGAAUACUGGUUCUUAAUGAUCCUCAAGUUCGUAAUCUCAUGAACAUGAAGAUCUUCGUUGAUACAGAUGCUGAUGUACGGCUCUCGAGAAGAAUACAGCGUGAUACCGUCGAGAGAGGAAGAAACAUCCAGAACGUUCUUGAACAGUAUACCAAGUUUGUGAAGCCGAGCUUCGAUGAGUUCAUCCAGCCAUCGAUGAAGUAUGCUGAUAUUAUCAUUCCUCGAGGAGGAGACAACGACGUUGCAAUUGACCUCAUUGUGCAGCAUAUCCGUACGAAGCUGUGCCAACACAAUCUCUGUAAGAUAUACUCAAACAUCUUCAUCAUCUCUUCUACAUUCCAGAUCAAAGGAAUGCAUACUCUUAUCCGCGACAUCAACACUAAAAAGCACGAUUUCGUCUUCUACGCUGACCGAUUGAUUCGACUGGUUGUGGAACAUGGACUUGGUCAUCUUCCUUUCACAGAGAAACAGAUAACCACUCCAACAGGGUCAGUGUACACCGGAGUCGAUUUCUGCAAGAGAUUGUGUGGCGUCUCAGUGAUCAGAAGUGGAGAAAGCAUGGAGAAUGCUCUAAGAGCUUGCUGCAACGGAAUCAAGAUUGGUAAAAUCUUAAUUCACAGAGAGAAUAACGAUGGUCGUCAGUUAAUAUAUGAGAAGCUACCAAAAGAUAUCUCAAGCCGACAUGUCUUCCUUCUUGACCCUGUUCUAGCUUCAGGCACCUCAAGGUGUUCAUGCGCUCUGCAAGAAAUAUCCGAUGGUAAAGAUUGUGACUUCGGAAAUCGAUGCCUCCCUCAAUGAGGACUCGCGUGUGAUUCCAGGCAUGGGAGAAUUCGCAGACCGUUACUUUGGGACAAACAAUUACGUUAACUCAAAAGUACCAAACUGGUCUGCAAAUCUCAAAGUAAGCUAAAAAGGAUGCACCACCCUUCUGUCUUAAUCACUCAAGAGUAACCAAACCAAAGCCAUACACAUUCAUCAAUCAUCAUACAACAAAACCUUCUGCUUCAUCCAGAGUUUCUCCCAUCUUCAUUCUUCUCGUUUAUUAAUACUCGCUAGAAGUUCUCUGUUUCUCAAUCCAGUACACACAUUACAUU